GGACUGUGGCUUAGACUCAGAUCUGCCGCGUUCGAAUCUUCUGUUACAGCUUCUCAUCCUCCCCGACCUCGCCGGCGAUCAUGGCGUCCGCCUCCGGCCGACUGUUUAUUUCCAAGAUGCUGCUGCCAAAUACUACCUGCAUCCUACUCCUUCCAAAAACGAAUGUCAGAGGUGCAGGGUAUCAUAUUUCUUUGCCUCAUCUUGUUCCUUUCAUCACUUCCAAUACAAAGUGAUUGCUUGGAGGAUAAAUCAACAUUGAAGGGUAAAUCAAGUGGAGAGAAGAAUAUCACUUAUUCCCGGUCUCGUCUAGAGUCAUCCUUGAAAAAAGACACAUCGCCACCCCCCAUUCAAAAUGUCUUCACUUUCCCUUCUCCUUUGCCCCAAUUGACUCAAGGCUCACCGGGGGGGUUCGCAAGUGGAACCAUUGACCUUGGAGGACUACAAGUGGCUCAAGUAUCAAACCUGACUCAGGUUUGGAAUACCAGCGCAGGUGGAGCUGACAACAUUGGCAUCACUUUCUUUGAGCCAUCAUCACUCCCCAAUGGAUUCUUCAUGCUUGGCACAUACGCACAACCGAACAAUAUGCCGCGUUUUGGAUGGGUUCUCGUCGGGAAAGAUGUCAUUGGCAGUUCCUUAAAGAGCCCAAUCAACUACACGCUCGUCUGGAGCAGCGAAAACAACACGAAAAUUGUUAGUCCCGGUCCAGGCUACUUUUUUCUGCCCAAUUGUACAUAUGGUUAUGUACCAGUUGGCUACCUAGUGACAACCAACCCUCAGAAGCCAUCCCUUGACAAAAUGAGGUGCGUCCGGUCUGAUUUCACCAAUGCGUCGAAAACCAACGAAAGUAUUUGGGACAUUGAUGGGGUACAAGUUUUCACUACCCUGCCGCUCGAGGUGGGGACCCAAUCUCCCGGGGUGCCUACGGGUUCAUUUAUUCUCCAAACAUCUUCCUCUUCAUUGCCUCAGCUGCCUUGCUUGAGAAACAAAAACCAAAACUUGUCAUCUGCGAUGCCAAACUUGACCCAAAUCCAUGAGCUGAUGAAAGCGUACAAUCCAACGGUGUACUUCCACCCGAACGAGGCAUUCCUCCCAUCUUCGGUCGAGUGGUUUUUGGAGAACGGGGCAUUGCUGUACACCAAAGGGAACGAAUCGCAACCGCCGGUCAUGUUCAAUUCGAGCUUGGCAAAACUUCUUCCUAUAAACCCCUCAUUAUCAGGCAAUCACUGGCUGGCUCUCCCAGGGAAUGAUACAGCCAGGGAUCGUCUGAAGAGAGGUAACCUGCAAAAUGCAUCAGCCUAUGUACAUGUGAAGCCAAUGUUCGGCGCGACAUUCACGGAUUUCGCCGUUUGGUUAUUCUACCCCUUCAACGGUCCCGCCAGUAUCAAAACCAAGUUGGGGACUUUCCACUUGGACCAAGUAGGCGAACACGUGGGAGACUGGGAGCACGUGACUCUUAGGAUCAGCAACUUCAAUGGCGAGUUAAAGAGCGUGUUCUACUCCCAGCACGGCGGGGGUCUUUGGCUGAGCCCUUCUCAGCUCGAGUUCCAGAAUGGGACGAAUAAGCCAGUGGUUUAUUCGUCCAAAUGUGGCCACGCUGCAUUCCCCCAGCAAGGGGCAAACUUGCUGGGGGGUGGAAAGGUGCAAAUUAGGAACGACUGUGGAAAGGGUACGCCCGUUAUGGACACCGGAAUAAACUUCACACUUCUUUCUGCACAAUAUUUGGGUGAUGGGGUGGUUGUUGAGCCAUUUUGGGUGAACUAUUCUUACCUUUGGGGUCCAAAUAUAACUUAUGACUUAGGAAAGGAUUUGAAAAGGUUGAAGCUUGGAAAGAUUAUUAAGCUACCCAAUGAGGUUAUGGGCGAGUGUGGACCAAUUGGCCCAAAGUGGAAGGAGAGUUGGAUUGGAGAUGAACAAACAUGGCCGUGACAUUUUUAAUCAACAAUAACUUGUAUAAAAAUGAGACUUAGUUAUGUUUUUAUGCUCUAAAUAUGAGUAUUGACACAAUGAACUUAUUAUUUGGCAUCAUGUGUUUGAAUUCACGAUAUUUCUUGCAAUAUGUCUUGGAUUUGUAAUGACAUUAUAAGUCUUAUUUUGAUAUAAAAACAUCAAAAGUCUUACUCUGUAUUUUACUACACCUACCAUAUAUCCAUCCCCCAAAAAAUGGCCUUGUUAUUG